AUGGAUGAAUGGCAAAUACAACAGCAACAACAUAGAAUGAUAUCAGGUGGUGUAGGUCCUAUUCAUAGUUAUCAUCCAGCACGUUCAAGAUCAUCUCCUUAUUCAAUACCACAUCAAAUGAGUGAAUUAAAACAAUCAUAUCAAUAUCAACAAAAUCCAUCAACAACAUCUUCAAAUCCUCUUUCACCUUCAACUUCAACAACAACAUCAAAUCCAAGUACAGCACCCCUAUCAGUUAAAAAUGAUUCAAAUGAUACAACAUCUUCAUUAACUGAUGAAGUAUCUACAACAACUUCAAAUUCAGAUGUUUACACUCCUAAUAAUACCAAUGUAUCUUAUACACCUAUGCAAAUGGAACAAAUCCAACAUCAACAUCAACAACAACAACAACAUCAACAACGUAUGCUUGCUUCAAAAUCAUCCAUUGGUCCAAUGACCAGUUAUCAUCCUGGUCAACAACAAAUAAUGUCAGCACGAACACGUGCAAUGCCGUAUCCAAUGCCUCCGCCUUCGUCUCAUCAUCAACAACAGCAUCAUCAUCCAUCCAUGUAUCCACAUCCUUCUGGUCAAGUUUGUCAAUGUGCUCAACAUAUGCAGUCAAAUAAUAGUCACUAUCCCAUGCAUCCAUCACAACAUCCGAUGUAUUAUCAACAACAGCAACAACAACAACAACAAGAAGCAUGGUAUCGAUAUCAACAGCAACAGCAACAAGCUGCUUGGAGACAACAUCAGAUGCAACAACAACAACAACAUUUACAAUCUCAUCCACAACCAAUACCGAUUGAACAAACUUAUAAUGCCAUUUUAUCCGAAACAACAUCUACAACAAAAUUAAAAGCAACAAAAACGAAAAGUAAAAAGAAGCAAAGCAAUAUGACAUCUUUUAAUGAUGAACCUAUAAUGAAAUAUCAACCUAUACCUCCAUCAUCAUUAAAUUUAGCUUUACAACAACAACAACAACGUAUUCCACCACAAUCAGCAUCUUAUUAUCCAGCAAUUUAUUCAACACCAGGUUCUUAUGGACCUCCUCAACAAUUACCACCACCACCUUCAAUAUCGUCAUCUAUUCCACAAGAACAUCCACUAUAUGCUCAAACAUCUCCAUCAACACUUUCUCAUCAUCAAUCUCAAAUAUUCACAAGUCCAUUAAGUAAUCCUAGUACACCGCAUCAACUACAUAAUAAUGGCGAAUAUAAUGGUACUGCUGAAUUUGGUGUUCCAUAUCAUCAUGGCGCUCCAGGAUCAGUUAGUUCACUUACAGAUGCACUUUGUCCUGGUAAUAAUGAUACAACUGAUCGUCAAAUGACACCUGGCCCACCGAGUGUUGGUACACCUCGUGUUGCUGCACAUCAAUACUCAUUUCCACAUACACCAUUAACUCCUCAAACAAUCAACAAUCAGAAUACAAAUCCUCAUACACCAGUUAUGAUGCCACCAACACCAAAUCCUUUAUCAGCUCCACCUACACCUUUAACACGUCCACGAUCUUCAAGUGAACAAACACAAUCAAUAACAAAUCAAUUUCAACAAUAUGAACAAAAUAAACCCAUGAAUAAUGUUGAUGAUCUUGCUGCUUAUCUCAAAGAUCCAACAAAUAUUUAUUUAACUGAUGAUGUAUCAUCUACUCUUUUUGAUGAUAUUGAUGCUUUGGCUGAUACUUAUUUGGGACAACAAUCUAAUAAUAAUCAUCAACAACAAACAAAUGAUGAUAAUAAUUCAGCUGAAGAUAUCCUAUUAAGUUUUCUUUGUUCGGAUAAUACAAACUAA